GCGGGACAGACCAGAGGGCAGAAGAGGAAAAAUCCACCGCCGCAUAGCUCGCGCUUCCUCCCCCAAGCCCAGCAUCUCCGCCUCCAUGGACGCGUAUCACCAGCAGCGCCGCUUCGCCGGCUCCGGCGACGCGCCUCUGCCACCGCAGCAGCCGCCUCACCCCUCCCACCCGAACGCCCACUGGUACCCGGCGGCGCCGCCACCGUACCCUUCCCACCCCAGCCGCCCCUACCCUCCGCAACACCACCACCAUUGGGGGCCGCCUCCCGACCUCCAGCAACAGCCCCAGCGUCAUCCUCCGCCGCUGCAACAGCAGCUCUACGGGUAUCAACAGCCUCCCCCGCCGAUUGCGAUACAGCAGCAGCCGCCGCCGCCUCCUCCUCCUGGGAACCCCUGGCCUCCUCACAACGCCUCCGGCCAGCCCCCGCCGCCUAGCUACCCUCCUCCGCCGCAGGGGCAGGCUUGGACCAAUCAUUCAUGGGCUCAAAAUCAUGGAUACCCAGGUCAAUGCAAUGAGGAAGAUUGGGCUACAAAGGCUAAAGCAUGGAUUGCUGCUAAGUCUGUUAUGGGAAACCACCAGAUUGAACAGCAUGCCAUAUCCACAAGUAGAACUGAAAGUCAUCAUAAUGGUUACCAUGAUCAGUACUGGCAACCAGCUGGUCUGCCAACAGAAGUUACAGAACAUUUGCACCCACCACUUCCUCAAUCAAGUAACGAUCAUAUGCCAUUUCCAAUGACAGGUCAACACAGGGAAACAAACCAUUUGUUAGAUAGAGGUCCAAUGGUGUCUCCAGCACAGACUUUUGGUUCAUUUCCAUCCACCUAUGAACAGGAGGUAUCUUAUAAUUAUUCUUCUGCUCCAGGUAAUGGGAAUAAUAUGCUUCAAUAUCCAAACUCUCAAGGACAGUCAUUUCCAACUGCCUCUACUGUUCAAGGUGGAUUCCCACAGGCUCCCCCUAGUAUGCCUGCAGUUCCCUUGGCGGAGCAGCCUCCUUUUGGGCAUGAACAACAGUCAGUUGAUCCGAGUGACCAACCUCUCGAAUUUAACAGCCGGAAAGCUCCUGAUGUGGUAGUCCAUACGAAUGUCAAUUCUACUAUCCCAGCUGCUCCAAUGCUGGCAUCUAAUUAUGAUGUAGUUACUACAUCUACUCAUUCAUGGACGCCAUCAGCUACAGUAGGGUUUAUGCCUCGGGCUCCAUUGCCACCACAAGCAGCACAGAUGGAUCCUCAUGCAGCCCCACUCUUUGGAGUAGCCUCUAGUUCAAACUAUGUUCCACCUGCAGCAUUUGGUGUUGGUAGUGUAACAGAAGUGUUCCCUACAGAUCCAAACACUCCUUUCAGUGUUGCAGAAAAAUCAAAGAAACGUCCAGUACCUAACUGGCUUCGAGAGGAACUCUUAAAGAAAAAAUCAGCACCAUCAAGUGCUUCAGCACAACACCCAACAAACCUAAAUUCCAUGGAAUCUCAUGAUGCAGAACCACCUCUAGGAAUACCUGACCAAAGUGACAGCAGAAGUAACGAUUCAGCUAAAUCCACUGAAGGCAAUGAAGAUGAUGAGGAUGAAAUUGAAGCAUCUCGAGUGGCAGCAAUCAAUCGGGAAAUUAAGCAUGUUUUAACUGAAGUCCUUUUGAAGGUUACUGAUGAUCUUUUUGAUGAGAUUGCAACAAAAGUGUUGAACGAGGAUGAUUCAUCUGCUGAAUCCAAUGAGCCCGCUGGUGUUUUUGGCUCAAAGGAACUUGGUCUGGGAGAGGCAAGAACCAAGACCUCAGCUAAAAUUCUUCUCCCUGCUAAGCCAACAAACAUCAGCUCUAGUGAUUAUAAAAUUAGUAAUGGGUUAAGUUCCCCUAAAGGUGCUCUUCUUGGUCUGGCUAGUUAUGAUUCAGAUGAUGACGACGAUGACAAUGAUAGCAAGGAUAAGAUUCCAAUAUCAGAUUUAUCAGCUAAUGCUGGUGUUGCAAAUACUGAAGAAGGUGAUAAAAGCACUCUUGGUAAAGAACACAUGAAUCAUGAUGGAAAAAAAUUGUCACUCGGAAGCACUUCAUCAGGAGAAAAUCUUAAAUCUAUUAACAAAAACUCUCAAAGGAGCACAAAGGUGGAACCUGAACGAGAGCAUAUUCAGGACAUACAGAAUGGAGAGUUUCCUGUAGAUGCCAAAACUUAUAUCAAGCCAAAUAGUGCAGUUGAUAAAAUGUAUGAGAAAGCAGACAGGUAUGCGGCAGUAGAUGUCCAAAACAGGAAAACCUCUUCUAACAAUCGCGCUGAAAAGUAUGAUGAUUUGGAAAGCAGUCACAGGCAUUUAGAAAAAAGCAGCAAAGACUUUGUUAAAGAGGUGAAGACUGAUCAUGCAAAAGAACAUGAAUCUUCUACUGCAAAAAAAUAUAAUAAUGACGACAAGUACAGCAUCCAUGGAAAUGUUGAUAAAAAGAGUAGCUUUAAGGAGGGAAAAGGUUCUGACAGGACUGCAAAGCAUGAAUCGAACACAAGGGACUCCAGAAGUAACUCUAAGUACGAUGGUGCCAAGGCAGAUCGAAAGGAUUUUCCGAAGGAUACGAGAGAGAGAGAUAGGGAUACUACUGAUAGAAGAGGGGGAAAAGGAAAAGAUGAAAAGGAUGACAGAUCAAAGCAGAUUCAAAAAAGCUCAACAAGUCAUAGCAGAAAUUCAGAGUCACGAUCACCAAGAGGGAGAAGUCGAAGUAGAAGGGAAAACUCUUCACAUGUCCAAGGGAGUGUUUCAAGUGAUGAGCCUUCUGAUAGUAUGAAAAAGAGAAAGCAUCAUUCCCGUAAAAACAGCAUGUCUCCCUCACCUCCAAAAUCUAGAAACAGACGAAUUUCGCGGUCUCCACAUAGCAAGCAUUCUCACCGCAGGCAUUCACCUUAUUCAUCUGGCAACAGGACGAGGCGGUCCAGAUCAAGAACUCCAGUCAAAAGGAGAUAGAAGACAAUGGGCAGGGCCAGAUGCCUGGGCAUCCCCGAGAGACAAUAGAAGGCAUAUUGAAUUACUGCUGUGGUGCUAUCUAGUGCUUUUUUUUUUUGAAAGGUAUCUAGUGUCCUUUGCUCCUACGACGGCAUGGUAGAACAGCAUUCCAACAGUGACAAACAUAAAGGCAAGGAAUGGGUGUAUUUUGAUGUUUAUGAGAUGUGCAUUUUGCUUUAUCGUGUUUGUAAGAUGAGCUGUAUAGCCAGUGUAGGGUAGUAUGAUCAGUAGACUCUGCAGUGGUCCCAUCAUUGACUUAACUGUGUGUCAAAAUUUAGACCAUGUACUGGUCAGCUGAGAUACGUAUUUACUUGCACAUUUCUAACUUGAGCAUUUCUCGUAA